UUCCAAUUACAGCUCCAGAUUUCUUAUCAAAAUUUUUUUUGGAUAUACAAUAAGAGAGGAAGGCUAGCCGAGAAGGGACCCACUUCCGGUCAUCACUGAAAGUAACGUCAAAAGCCUGUCUUCCAUUAAUUUUAGGCCAUAUACCAGAACAGAUUGUUCUGUUUUCACACUCUGAUACACUUUUCUUUUCGAUUGCAUACUUAUCUUCGUCGACUAUAUAAACACCCGAGAGUGAAGGGAGCUCUCAAUUCUCAUCAUACCCCAGCAAAAAUGGCUCUGCGCAGUUUAGCUUUUUGCAUGGUGAUGGUUUUGGUUUUGGUGGUUGCACUUGCGCCUGGUGCGGUGGAGGGCUCGAGUCGGAAGCUUUUGGCUCAGGCAAAUGCGGCUGUGGCUGCACAGGCGUACGGUAUAUGCAACGCCUUGGUAACUGUGCAUGGUUACCCAUGCCAAGAGAUAACUGUGACUACCGACGAUGGUUACAUACUGAGCGUGCAGAGAAUUGGUGGUGGUGGCACCGGGAAACCACCGGUGAUAAUUCAGCAUGGUGUUCUUGUGGAUGCAGCAGCCUGGCUGAUGAACUCUCCGGAUAAAAAUCUGCCUUUGAUUCUAGCUGAUAGUGGAUUUGAUGUGUGGAUGGUUAACACCAGAGGGACCAGAUUUAGCCGGCGGCAUACUUCCAUGGACCCCAGCAAUCCGAAAUUUUGGAAUUGGUCUUGGGAUGAACUGGUGGCUCAUGACCUACCAGCUGUUUUUAAUUACGUGCAUGGCCAAACAAAACAGAAGAUUAACUACGUCGGUCAUUCCCUGGGGACUUUGUUAGCAUUGGCUUCGCUUUCAGAAGGGAAGUUAGUGAAUCAGCUGAAAUCAGUAGCUUUGCUAACUCCCAUUGCGUACUUGACUCACAUGAGUACACCAAUUGGUGCGGUUGGGGCCAGACUCUUUGCCGGCGAGAUCACAACGGCAUUUGGUUUUGCAGAGUUCGAUCCAAAAGGGGAGCCCGUGGCUGAAUUCCUAGAUCGUCUAUGUGCCACUCCAGGAGUUCCAUGUUACGACAUAUUAUCAGUACUCACCGGCAAAAAUUGUUGUCUCAACGCUUCCACUGUUGAUCUCUUCUUGGAUCAUCAGCCUCAGUCAACAUCAACCAAGAACCUGGUGCACCUGUCUCAAGUUGUACGAAAUGGCGUUUUGAUGAAAUACGACUACGGGCGUUUCGACCUUAAUUAUAUGCAUUAUGGGUCAUUUUCCGCUCCGCAUUACGAUCUUUCUAAAAUUCCGAACAACCUGCCCAUGUUCAUCACCUACGGAGGCCAAGAUGCGCUCUCCGAUGAACACGACGUGUCGCGUUUACUUGAAUAUUUGAAGUCGCACGACGUGGGAAAGCUCGUGGUUGAUUUCAUCCAUGAGUAUGCCCAUGCCGAUUUUAUUAUGGGGAUCAAUGCCAAGGACCUUGUGUAUAAUAAAGUGAUUUCUUUCUUCAACCAGCAACAGUAAUGCUGAUACUAGUGAAGUCACUGAGAUCGGGUGCAAGACUGGUUAAGCAUAAAUUGGUGUGUACUAGAUUGAGAUUAGUACUAAAGUGUACUCCUCGAUCAGUUGGAAUCUAGCCAGCUGCAAACCAUAUUGUACAUAAUCGAGCCAUGAGCAACUUAUAAGUUUCUAGUCAAUCUCUUUGGAA